ACCUUGGCACAUACAAUUUGUAUGAAACACAAUGUGGUUUUCAAGGCUUGGCAAUCCGCAUUGCCUCGGCAUCGCUUUGCGAGGUGCAGGGUGUGUGUUCCGUGCGCGUGGCGUUGCUCAAGUUGUCCAAACUCCAGCCAGUAUAGCGCGUGGUAGUUGUACUUUACACACUGUAUCUAGUAUAUGUUCAAGGCUUGCUACUUUAGAACCUGCUUUUCGCGUACCGAAGCGUUCCAAUGUUCAGUUGGUGAGGGACCAUUCUGAGUUUCACAGCAUCGUUUAUUCCAUACCAGAACAUGAGCGUGUUAAGCUUGAGGAUUUGGUGAUAUCAGUUUUUGUUACUGAGCAGAAUACCAGUUCCAUGUCGAUAUUUGACUGCAUUGACCAGUUGUCUAUGGAGUACCCUGGUAACAGAUUUCUCAUAAUCGACGCUGAUCAGGUACCUCGUGCUGCUUACGAUGCUGAUUUACAGCAAUUUCCUGCUGUUUUGUUAUCAUUUGGUGGUGACAUUUAUCGUCGAUUACUACAGGUCAGUGGUGGUUACCCUAGUGACUGGGAGGGUAGUCCUCGCUGGGACUUGAUGGGUUCUGGACUCCAACCUUCUGUUGAGUGCACUCUGCCAGGCAAUCUUUAUACCCAGGUUAAGGAUGAGCUUACUUUGUUCAGCACGAAGUUUGUUGAUAAAGACAUUGCAUCAAUCAAGAGUCGUUGUGGCACUCACAGUUACACUCAUGGUAUUGAUACUGACAACCUUAACGUCAAGCGCGUCGGUUGGCCUACUGAGUAACUCUGUGGUCAUAAAUG